AUGAAGUCCUUGAUUUGUUUCUCGCUCAUCCUCCUCUCUCUCAUCUCCGUUGUGGAAGCGUUUCCCGGUGACGGUGAGCUUGUGUCAAUCAAAGAUGUCUCGGCUCGAAACAUUAGAGAGGUCGCCAAGUAUGCGAUUGAUGAGCAUAACUCGGAAUCGGAUGAUAAUCUUGUGUUCGUUAAGAUCAUCGAGGGAAAGUGGCAAGUGCGCUCCGCGAUAUUAAUAUACGAUCUGACCAUCGCGGCUAAGAAUGAGGGUGGUGCGACCAAGAACUACAAGACUGUCGUGAUGGUAUCUGGGAGGGACAAGAUCCUUUACUCAUUCAAUGAGCUGUAA